AUGCGCCUGGCAAUACAAUUUAAUCGAUCAUCUUCGACAGCAAAUUCGGUGGGAUCAAAUUUAGGCACUUCAUUUUUAGACGGAUCACAACUAUAUGGUCUUGAUAAUGAGAAAUCGUCUCGUGUACGUGAUAUUGGUAACCAUGGAAGAAUGUUGUUAAUUUAUAGUGAUAAUUCAGAAGACUCAAAGUUGGGAUAUCCGCCAACAGAUGAACAUGAUGAAUAUAUUUUUGGAUACACGGCUAUCAAAGGAAGAAAUGUAUUUACUGAUUUGUUUUACAUAGUAUUCUUGAGAGAACACAAUAGAAGAUGUGAUGCAUUAUGGGAGUUACAUGGAGAUGGUUGGGACGAUGAUAAAUAUUUCCAAGAAUGUAGAAAAUGGGUAAUCGCUUUAUUGCAACGCGUUACCUUUUAUGAAUAUCUCGGCAUUGCUUUAGGAUCACCUCUACCACCUUACAAAGGAUAUAAUCCAAGUUUAGAACCUAGUAUUGAUACAUUUUUUGCAACCGUUGCAUACAGAUAUGGCCAUUCCGAAGUCAGUAUUGAUGUAAUAAGAAACAGAGAUCAUGUAAUACCAUUAUAUAAUGAUGCCAGAGAAGCAAUGGGAUUAAAAAGAGCAACAGAAUGGUCAAACAUAACAAACGAUCCUAUCGUACAAAAUAGAUUGAUUGAAACUUAUUCAAAUGAUAUUGAUAGAGUUGAAGCAUUCAUUGGUGGACUUGCUGAAGAUCAUAUGAUGUUGUUAAGAGAUUCAGACAGACUUUGGUUUGAAGUAGAAGAUGCCGAACUUAGCGAUCAAGAACUUUUGGAGAUAAAUCAUACAACGUUAUCACAAAUAAUAGCAAGGAAUUCACCAGAGACAUAUAAAUUACCGGCAAAUAUUUGGAUAGUACAACCAUCAACAUCAUUAAAAUCCGUAACACCGAAUGACACAACAAAUAAUGACAAAGACAACAUUCUUGAAAAAAAUUUUUUUUAUACGGCAUCAAAUCAUUUAAAAUUUUCAGAUGGUUAUGAGAUUUUUUGGGAAGUAAUUGGUCGUAAUAUUCAUCUUAAGUUAAUUUCGGCUAGUACGGUUGGAUGGUUUGCCAUUGGUUUCGGCGAACCCAACGAUAGAACCAUGAUUACUUCUGACAUGAUUAUUUGUCGGAACAUUAAUGAAUCUUAUGUUGAAGUAAAACAAUAUAAAGCAAAUGCUUAUUUCACUCCUGAAUUAGUUGAUGAACAGAAUCAAUUUGUUAAAGUGUUGGGUCAUAGAAUUAGUAGUGGUAUUUAUACUCAAGUUGAAAUCGUUAGGCCAUUAAAAGUUAAAGGAAGUUUCAUGAAACCUAUUACCGCUGAUAAGAAUUUAACACUGAUAUAUGCAUGGAAUCCAAAUGAUAACUUUCUAACUUAUCAUGCAGGAAAUAGAGGAACAAUACCGGACAUGAACUUCUUUUCAGAUGCAACAUUUAUAAAUAAAAGAAGACAAAAUUUAUUAUCUCAUGGAAUUGGAAUGUUCCUAGUAUGGGGAAAUUUACAAUUGUUUGGAGCGGUGAUCGUUGCCAUGUUUGGUGGCAUAGCCUUGGCCAUAAUGGAAAAACGAUUCAUAAGAGGUGCUCACGGAAUAAUUGGAAUAAUAAUAUUUUGCAUAAUGGGCGUACAGAUUGGAAUAGGGAUAUUUAAUAUCUGGAAUCUCGGAAAUGUUGAAUCAGUUAAUAUGGGAAUCAUCAAAUUAUUCAAAAUUAUUCAUUUGACGUUGGGAAUUGCAUUAAUCAUUCUCUCAUGGGUGAAUAUGUAUAUUGGAAUAAAAGAUUUUAACAACGAAAAUAAUUUGAUCGAAAAUCAUUGGAGCAAUAUUUAUUUGGUUUGGAUAAGUCUAAUAGUGAUUACAUUCUUCGUAAGCGAAAAUAUAUUUAGAGUGAGAAAUAUGAAAUUUUUGUAUACUAUGGUUAACGAAAAUACACGCGUCACCGAUAUCCGAUUACAACAUUUCAUUAGAGAUUAUGAUCAAUUACCAACAAUGACAUUGGAUGAAUUUAAUCAAAGAGUAAUUCGUGGAAUGAAAUUGGUCAUAGUGGAAGGUAUGAUAUUUGAUAUAAGUAAAUGGAUGAAAUAUCAUCCUGGAGGGGUAAAAAUUUUACAAAGAGUGAUUGGAACUGAUAUUACAAAGGAUUUCUUUCAUAUCACUCAUAAAAACGACGACAGUCAAUUAAGCAGCAGUGUUGAUGAAGAAGAAUUUCUCAUCAUGAAUGAAAAGGAUCAACAGAUUAGUAAUAUUAUUAAAAGGAAUAGUAUGAAUAAAAGGGAUAAGAAUGAGACAUUUGCCAACUUUAUUGAUAUUAUUAAUGUAAAUAAAUUUUUUGGAAAGAAGUUGAGUAGAGUUGCAGUGCACAGUCAUUCAUUAUACGCAACUACCAAAUUGGCCACCUUGGUUAUUGCUAAAUUAUUCACUGAAAAAGAGGAAAUCACUGAAAAUAAUUUUGAUUCAUCAAAUUCAUCUAUAUUUCAUCGGUGCAUAAUAACCAAUAUUGAAAUAGUGACAAGUCAUGGUAACUACCAAUAUGAUUCACCAAUAGUUAAAAAAUUUACAUUGAAACCGAUUCGGAAAAAUGAUAACUUUCCUGUUAGAACAUUCAUUCCUGGAGACUAUAUUGAAAUCAUGUGUUACAUCGAUGAUCAAGUGAUCAUUAGAAAAUAUACACCUUUAUUGCAAGAAUUUUCCGAAGAAAAUGACGAGGAUGUUGAUAGAAAUAAUUAUCAUUUGGAUAGAAGGUUUUGGAUAUUAGUGAAAAUUUACAAGGAUGGAUUCAUGUCUAAAUAUAUGGACAAACAAUUAACAAAUUUCGAAAUAUCGGUUAGAGGACCGUUUAAUGUCUCUGAAAGCAUUUUCAAAAACGUUUCAAUUCCAUUGGAUCAACCCAUACCUAAUAUUUUAUUAAAUCCAAAUCAACUUAAUGGAUGCUGGAGUAAUUUAUUCAUGAUUUGUGGUGGUUCCGGUAUAACUCCAAUGUUACAAUUGAAUUCAUUAAAACAAAGGAUCUUGCCACCAAAUACUUAUAAGUUACACUUAUUAUUUGCAAAUAAUUCGGCUUCAGAUAUUAUUUAUCCAAAACAUUUAGAUAGUUUAGUUAGAAAAUUUAAAGGGAACCUUACUAUUGAUUAUAUACUUUCUAAUCCGCCAGAUAAUUGGGAUUGUCUUAAAGGAUACAUUGAUGAUGUUAUUUUAUUUGAUUGGUUAUCUUACAACAUUAAUACCGGUUCAAAUCAUGCUAUCGACAGUGAUCCUAAUCUUGGUCAACAAAGUGAAGUUGAGUUCACUUGUAGCAUGAUACCUCCUAAUCAGACAGUUUAUUAUCCUCGACCACAAAUUUCUGGAGAUAGUUUUGAUAUUUAUAAUACUCCAGUUCUUCAACAAUCUCAAGAACGACAACAAUAUCCUUCUAAUGUUGAUGUCGCGCAACUAAGAGAAUAUCCUACAAUGGUUCAGGAUCCAUUAGUUGAGUCUUCUAUUACACAUUCUACGGUUCUUAAUCCUCCCAAUAUUGUUAUUAAUUAUUUUCCUGAUAAUUCAAAAAUUAUUGUUUGCGGUAAUAAUGGUUUUAUGCUUUCUAUUCAAGAUAUUUGUAAUAGGAUUGGUAUUAGGGAAGGAAAUACUUUAUUUUUAGUAUAA